AUCGGCAAACUGCUCGCUGCUGUUCGCUUUGAACCGCCACCUCCGGAUCCGGGAACGGAAAUUAUCGCGAAAGCCAGCAGAACCGAUAGCCAAAAUGGAUGACCAAGUGCUGAGCAAGAGGGUCAAGACGUUGAAUAAGGCCGCCGCCGCCGCCGAGCCUCCGUCUGUCGUGAUCGGAUUGCUGGAGGAACUGAAGAACGCCAAAGCGCCGACCGAGGAACAGCUUCGUUCCACAAAGGCCGGCGUCGCAGUAGGCAAGCUGCGGCAUAACGCGAAUAAGGAGAUUGCGCGACUGGCCAGCGAAAUCGUCUCGAAAUGGCGAAAGAACGUGGACGCCGCUAAGGAGUCGAAGAAGCGCAAGCUGGAGCAGAGCAAGUCGCCAACCCCCAAGGAUUCUCCCGCGCCGCCGUCCUCCUCCUACAGCACCCCGUACGAAGGCGACCCCGAGAAGCGCCACUUCCGAUUCGACAAGGUGGACAUCGCGCGGACAGGCAACAAGGCGCGCGACGGUAGCAUCGGAGUGCUGUACAACGGCCUGGCGUACCGCGCGACCGAGUCGAUCGAGGAGGUGCUGCAGCGCGCCAUGGAGGUGGAGGCGGCCGCGUACGCCGCGUACGGGGAGACGAACGAGUACCGCAACAAGAUCCGCGGCCUCAUGACGAGCCUGAAGCGCAAGGACAACGCCGAGCUGGGCCGCCGCGUGCUGCGGGGCGACAUCUCGCCCGACAAGUUCGUCGUCAUGACGGACGAGGAGCUGGCCUCGGACGCCCAGCGCGAGCGCGACGCCGCCCUCGAGCGCGAGAACAUGCUCAAGGCCCAGGUGCCCAUGGCUCAGAGGUCCAUCAGCGAUUCUCUGCAGUGUGGCAAGUGCAAGCAGAAGAAGGUCUCGUACAGCCAGGCCCAAACCCGAUCAGCCGAUGAACCGAUGACGACGUUCUGCGAGUGCACCGUUUGUGGUCACCGCUGGAAGUUUUCGUAGGAGAUGCGCGGUGCCAUACGGUCAUCUCGGCUUUUAUUAGCCUUUUUUUUAAUAUUUCAUAUCCUUUCCAAUAGUCCUGCGGUUUGGGCGCAUUUCACGGCUGACUUCAGCCUUUUC